GGUCUGUAAAUGUAUCUCCAUAUUGAAUGAAUGGAGUGAAAAUGUUGUAGUAGUGAGAGAAAUAUAUUGGAGAGUCAAGCUACAUAUCAUACCUCCUGAAUACACCUGUUGUAUUUGGCGCACAUGACAAAUGAACUUUGAUUUGAGAAAUCCAAACGUUCCCAGGAGGAGGUAUGAUAUGUGGUUUGACUCCAGUGUAUUUAUCUCACUACUACAAUGUUUUCACUCCAUUCAUUCAAUAUGGAGAUACAUUUACAGCACCAGUCAAACGUUUGGACACCUACUCAUUCCAGUGUUCUUUAUUUUUACUCCUUUCUACAUUGUAGAAUAAUAGUGAAGAUAUCAAAACUAUGAAAUAACACACAUGGAAUCAAGUUGCAACCAAAAAGUGUUAAACCAAUCAAAAUACAAAGUACAAGAACUUCACAAGACCCUCAGCGUAUGUCCUCCAUCAAAGUCUCCAAAAUAAUUCAAGAACGUGUCUUGUUCAUGAAAAACUGUUGUAGAAUAUCAACAUUUUCUCUGCCUACUCAGAACCUGAAUAACUACUGCAGUCAAAUCGGUGACGACAGGCCUAAAUCCUUCUGCCAAUUUAGCCCAAACUCCAAAAUGCUUGUGAAUAAGUCAAUCAUUUGAUAAGUUAUUCUCUUUUCCUGUCCUCAGGCCAGAACACCUACGUGGGGUCCAUCUGUUUCCAUCCUCUGGCCACAACACCUACGUGGGGUCCAUCUGUUUCCAUCCUCUGGCCACAACACCUACGUGGGGGCCAUCUGUUUCCAUCCUCUGGCCACAACACCUACGUGGGGGCCAUCUGUUUCCAUCCUCUGGCCACAACACCUACGUGGGGGCCAUCUGUUUCCAUCCUCUGGCCACUCUGACUAUGGCGGACUCUGAUGUUAACAUGGCCUCCUGUGCUGCCAAUGGCACCGUCAAACUCUGGAGUCUGUACAGUGAUGAGCCUGUCGCUGACAUCGAGGGCCACUCCUGAGGGUAGCACGAGUAGCCUGGCACCCCUGUGGAUGCUUCCUGGGCACCACCUGGCCCAGGAGGAGAUCCUGCACCAGGAGGGACACAGUAAAGGAGUCCACGACCUGCACUUCCACCCUGACGACUCUGUGGUAGGCACUGGGGGUCUGGAUUCGUUUGGGUGUAUUUGGGACCUUCGGACCGGGUGCUGUGUGAUGUUCCUGGAGGGCCAUCGCAGAGAUUUACAGCAUCAACUUCUCUCUCAACAGGAAAUCACGCACAGAACGAGCAGUAUGGCUGGUGGCAUUGUCAUGCUGGAGGGUCAGGCGGGCCACGAGGGCAAGGAGAUGGGCGUGGACAUGUCCCCUGACGGACAACUCAUCGCCACCUGA